AUGUGGAAUCUGAUAGAUACAGAACUGGUUGUCACGAUUGAAGUUAAAUUGCAUGAAAUGGAUAACGAAGGUGCAUGUGUUCUGGAAUUUCCAUAUUAUUGCAGCGUUAAGGUGCAUGUUUUGAUAUGCCAAGAGCUCAUUAAGUUCCUUAAGAGACUAGCACCAAUAUUUUCAGCCAUCGAGUCUGCUCGACCGCGAUGUACGUCUGGAAUACCAGCAUUGUGCUCAUUGCAAGAUUGGAUGGAUAAAGCAAAGUCAAUUAUUCAGCACUGCUCUGAGUCUAGCAAACUUUAUUUGGCAAUCACAGGAGAAAAGAUACUCAUGCGAUGUGAACGGUUACGUGACAAUUUGGACUCAUGUUUACGUCAAAUUCAAAAUAUGGUUCCACUACUGUUGGCGGCAAAGAUAUCCGGAAUCAUUCAUGACCUCAGAAAUGCAAACUUUCUUCUUGAUUCUGCUGACAAAGAGGCUGGGAAAGCUGUACUAGCACUGAUUCGGAAGGACAUAACUGCAACAAGAACCGAGAACAACAAAGAACUAGAGGCUCUUCAACUUGCAGCUUUAAAGCUCGGCAUUACAUCUCCUUUGGCUGUCUUGAUAGAGAAAAGAACUAUCAAUAGGUUGCUUGAUAAUAUCAAUGAUACUGCUUCAAGAAAGAAAAAAAUAUUAAAGUAUCUCCUCUUUCUUUUGAGGAAAUAUGGAAAUAUGAUCUGGCAAUGCCAAGGCAAUAGCACCCAAGAAGCGCCGCGUCGUGAGUUUAUUGAUGACUGUGAUUCAUCUGAACCUCCUGAUGAAUUCAAAUGUCCCAUCUCUAUGAGGUUGAUGUAUGAUCCUGUGAUUAUUGACUCGGGGAGGACAUUUGAACGAAUUUGGAUAGAGAGGUGGUUUAAUGACGGCAAUGAGACAUGCCCAGUAACUCACAAGAAGUUGGACCAUUUGUCUCUGACUCCAAAUUCUGCAAUGAAGAGCAUCAUUGCAAAGUGGUGUCUGAAGCAUGAAUUCACUGUUUCUGACCCGUGUUUGCAAUCAUUUCCCGCUUCACUUUCCAGGUCAAGAACUUCAUGUUCCAGUUCUAUCCCCAGCUUUCGCAGUUAUAUGGAUGACUUGCACCUUCAAGUUAGCAGUGUGUCAAUUUGCUCGUCUAACACCACUUGUGGGUCACAUUUAUCGGAAAACAACGAAAACGAGUUAAAGAAUGGGAUUGUUCAGAUUAAUGAAGAGUCUCAAAAUUCUGCACAAAGUCAUGACAAGACUUUAGGUGUUCUCAAUUUUGCAGAACUUUCAUGGGAAUCUCAAUGUAAGGCUGUGGAAGAUGUGAAAACCCAAUUGGAAGGCAGAGACCAAGCAGAUCUUUCGGCGAAUUCUUAUGAUUAUGUAGAUUCAUUGAUCAAAUUUACGAAAGAUGCAAGUAAAUUGAGUGAUGUAAAAGCACAGAGAGAAGGAGCAGAGGCUCUUUUGGCUAUUUUUAGUAAAAACAGAAAUGAAAUGCUACCUUUUCAAGAAGACGGUAUUUACGUCCUGACAUCACUUUUGGAUUCAGAGAUAACUGAAAAAGCCCUUGAGAUCUUAGAAAUUUUGUCUUAUGAGCAACACUGUAUGUCUAAGAUGUUGGCCGCGGGUGUUCUCCCUUCCAUAUCAAGAGUCCUUGAAACUCCGAUCAGACAACUUCACAUUCUUGCUCUGAAAAUACUCUGUAAUCUGUCCAUCAACAGUAAUAUUGGAUACCAUAUGGUAUAUUUGGAUUACGUCCCAAAUCUGGUUCGAUUUUUGGGUGACAGCGCUCUUGCGCGGUAUUCCAUCGAAAUUAUGAACAACUUAUGCAGCAUUGAGGAGGCCAGGAUCGCAGUUGCUGAAAACAGUGACUGCAUUGUUGCCAUUGGGAAACUUCUAGAAUGUACGGAUGAACAGGAACAUGCACUGGACGUCCUACUUUCCCUAUGCCAUGGUGGUGCCGAUUAUUGUCAACUGGUUAUGACAGAAAGCACCGUUGAAUCUUUAGUCCACAUAUCUAUGAAUGGAAAUUCCAGGGUAAGAUCAAUUGCCAUAGAAUUACUCCAGCUCCUGGGGCACAAUACAUGUGGUACUGCUUCAAAAUCUUCAACUCCCAAUGCUCGUUUGGAUUUGGACACUUCAUGGCAGUCUAAAGGAAAGAAGCCGUCUUCAAAAGCAGUUUGGUUUCUUGGAAGGGAAGCAUCAAUUUUUUCCAAACGGCGAUAACGGUGUUUUGACGGCGGAAGACCUCUGAUUCAUGAAGCGUGAGCUGUGCAGAAAGCUUUUGUAGGUUUAGUAUUAGUGGUUUUGAUGAAUUAGUCGUG